CACAUCCACUGAAAACGAGCCGCCUUCAUCACGUACCUGUUGACGAUAAGGUCACAUGAUCAUAACAUGGAGAGUUAGCUUGCAGACCAGAUCGGCGUGUCCUAAGCUCAAAGGCCACACUCACAUUGAUAGUAGCGUGGCUGCGUUCUUCAAUGCACCUGCGUCCCCUCACAGAUAAACAGGUAGUCGAACAGCGCAGAAAUGGAGGCCUACGUCAAUCUCAUCCAGACGUACAGAGGAAGGGACAAAAUGAUUCGCCUGUGCACGUAUGCAGCCACAUUCUUGAGUGGUGCCUCUCGUGGAAAAUUGGCAGAAAAGUUUGGGGCCCUCGCAAUCCCACUCGGGAAAUGUCGAGUAGUCCUGAGGCUCUUUGACGAUCUCCCUAUGAUACUCUAUGCAAGGAAACUAGGGCUGAUGAAGCAAGAAAAAAACCUGUUGCUUCAGUUACUUGGAGUUGCCCAGAACAUUGCCAAUUUGUGCUACUUCCCAGUGGAGCACAUAGCAUUUGGAGGAGACCUGAAAUUGUGGGAUGUGAACUCUCCCAAGUGGUGGACGACAGGCAUUGCAAUAUGGGCCACUUCACUUAUUACAGGCAUUCUCAGAAGUCUCAUAAAGAUUAUUUUGCUGAGACAGGAGAGGCACAAGCUGGCCAGGGAACAAGGUCAUGAGGGAAGAGAGGACCCAGACCUGUCUUCCGUGCCAAAAUUUUCAGUGAGGAAACUGAAGAAAGAAGAACUCGAUGAAAUCCUGGCCUUCUUCAAGAAUAGUUUUGAUCUUCUGAAUGCUGUGAACUGGCUCCCCAAGGGAUUCCUGUGGGCUGGGAAGUUCAGCACCAUGCAGUCUGGACUCUGGGGAUUGAUUUCUACCAGCAUAGGGCUGUAUGAACUCUACUCACAGGCCAAGGAAAAGACCAGUUAAGAUACGGUCUGAAGUAACAUUAUGAUAUGCAGUGUUGUAUACGGUUUGUGUUGAAAAGCAAAAAGCAGACAGCUGAUGCUGGAACUGAUUCACUGGAGAUGGGUCCAAGGAUUUCCAUCUGGACUGGAAUACCAGUUUUAACAAUGCAUUUUAUCUUGAAUAUUAGAGUUUAAUAUUAUUAAAUAAAUUUAUUAUCUACAAGAAAAGAUGCACACAAGCAGACUCAUUUGGAUUUAGAAGGCAAUCUUAAAAGUAUACAUGUUUAAAGAUUUCUCAAAGUCAUAUUUUUGCAUCUUAUCAUCCUGCAAAACUAUUUUUCUCUCUUAAUAUUUUCAGACCUAAGAAUAUUAAAAAAAAAAAAGAAAAGAAAAGCUCAUGAUAUUGAUGUUUCUUUCUGAAAUGUCAGGAAAAUAUGUUGGCUUAAAUGAAUAAUGAUUAAGUUAUUUAAUUAGAAAUGGCACAAAACACAGAAGCACAAGGAAAGGUAGAGUAUUUCAUGAGUAAGAGAAAAUGUUUUUUUCCUAGAGGAAAAUCUAGUACAGAAUACCAUCAUGCAAUGGUAACAGUGUCUGCUACUUGACUUAUUUUAUGAAAAUCCUCAGCAAUAAGCGGAAUGUAAACAAAACUGGUUUCUUUGGUAUCAUUUUAUGGAUUUAAUAUAUUAACCUGUGAUGAUGAAUUUAGAGGAAAAGAAUGUGCCAGACAUAUUAAUUGUGAAUUAAUAUAGUUAACUAUACUUUUUGCAUACUACGAUUAAUAGUAUAGGAAAUAAGUUACAUUUGUUUAAUGGAGACUGCGUAUAAAUUUGUAGCUACGUCUCUGAAAACUUGCAGCAUGCUUUAUUUUUUUAGAUAAUAAUUUUUCUACUUUAACAUAUCAUUGUUAAAUAAUGAGUUAAAAGUAAAAAAAA